AUGGAAUCAAACGAAAUGCCGAGUAACCCACCACCGAACGACAUGCCAGUGACAAAAUUACUAAUUUUGACCGAAAAGAUUGAGAACUUUGGCAAUGCCGUACUCAUCUCGGUCUGCCUCAUGUGCGCUAUCACCUAUAUCAGCAACCACAUUGAAGCUUACCUUCGUCGCUUCAACCAAAUAAAACAAGAAAUCGCGGAGUUUACUCGUGAAUACCGCGAGGAAAAAGAACAAAAGAUGCGCGAGGCCGAAAGAGAGGAGAAGAUUAUGCGUAUGUUGGUGGAUGACAUGACUGACGUAUCCUCCGAUGAGGCUAUUGCCGAGGAUCACCAAUCUGUCGGAGACUGGGAUUUCGGCUCUUCGGAUGAUACGGAUGAGUACGCAACGGAUAUUGAGCACGACUCAGAAUCGGAAGUGGCAGCUUAUUGUGCACAAUUCGAAAAAGCUAUGCGUGACAUCAACAGUCACUAUGUCCCAAUUGAACGUCUUCGUGCCAAAGCCCGCAUCGAAAACGCUAUUGAAUUCGACGAAUAUCUAUUGGACGAAGGAUUGAUUGAUAACUCGGAAUUUGGAAAAACUCUCAUGGUUGAAAUCUGA